AACAGAUUAGACUGUUUUAUUACCAUGGCAAAAUGGUCACUUACGUUUUUGUUCUUUAUCCAAGGACUGCUUCCUUUGGUCGCAGGACAGCAGCAGCAUCAGCGCGCUGGGCUCUGGCGACACCGGAUUCAGUGGGAGAACCGCGGGCAGGUAUACAGUUUGAUGAGUACUGGAUCAGAAUAUCAGGCUCCAGUCCGGAGGGGCCAAACUAGCGUGUAUGUGAGCAGGGGGGGUGGCACCAGCAACCAAACACCGGGAGAGCAGAGAGAAACGAUGUAUUUAACCAUCAGACAGGCUGAACCAAGAGAGUCCAGCUCGAACCAGACGAACCACAGCGUGGAACCCGAAUCUAACGCCCGUGAGGACGGCCAACAGCGUGGUCGUGCGUCAGGUGCCAGACAGCAGCCUGUGCGUAUUUCCCAAACAGGACCUCCUGGUUAUCCAAGCGCAAAGCGCCACAACUCCCAGAACAUCCACUCCAUCAGCGAUGGCAGCCAGGAUGCUGGUGGGCACAGAGGAAGGGAGCCGGAAUAUCAUCUUUUGCGAACGGUGUCGCAGGCAGAGCGGUCGCUUCCAGGAUACGCCAUUACGCACGAAAGCGAAUCAGAAGCAGCUGCAGAGGGCAUGGUGAACGAUGACCCUCGGAACCCGUUCAAAAGCCACAGGAACUCGGUUUUCUACAACAUGUAUCCGACCAGAAGGAGGUCAGUGGCGCAGACGCACCGUCAGCCCGGCACAGGAUAUGGAACAAGGUUUUUCCUAAACGGACUACCAGACCUGGUUCCGGACUCUUAUGCCAUCCAAGCAGGGGUUUAUAUCCAGCGUGUGCAGAUGUAUGCGCUCCGUUGUGCAGCAGAGGAGAACUGUCUGGCCAGGUCUGCGUAUGGACCCAGAGUGCGAGACAUCGACUUCAGAGUCCUCCUUCGGUUCCCCCAGAAAGUGAAGAACCAAGGCAACGCUGACUUCCUUCCACUCAAACCAAGACAUCAGUGGGAGUGGCACAGCUGUCACCAGCACUUCCACAGCAUGGACGCCUUCAGUAACUACGACCUGCUGGACAUUACCACUGGACGUAAAGUAGCCAAAGGACACAAAGCCAGCUUCUGCCUGGAAGACACAAGCUGUGAGCCUGGAUUCAGGCGGCGGUACGCCUGUACAUCUCAUACACAGGGACUGAGUCCAGGGUGUAACGAUAUCUAUGCUGCCAACAUUGACUGUCAGUGGAUCGACAUCACCGAUGUACCUCCAGGAAAUUACAUCUUAAAGGUUACUGUUAAUCCAAAUUUCCUUGUUAUGGAAUCAGACUUCACCAACAACGUAGUGAGAUGUGAGGUCACAUACACCGGAGCUUAUGUUCAGACACACCACUGUGGAAUAACAAGGGGUUGAAAUCUUCAUUUCUUGCAUUAUCUGCAGGUGAUUUCAUCUCUUCAUACUCAACAUGCUAACAAACUCAAUUUUAUAAUGUAAGUCUGAACUAAAGUUAUAGCUAUAAAGUCCUUUGUUGGUUUUAUUGUUAAUAUAACACUAAUUUGUAAUUUAAGUCAUAAAUAUUUAAUGAGGCUAUCAAAUAUACUUGAUUACAGUUAAGGUCAGAAAUUUACAUACACCCAUCAUGAGCAUGAAUC